AUGCCUGCAGCAGAUAGGCCACGAAGAGGGCCUCAAGUUCGCGAUAUUUAUGUUCCUGCUAAUAACGAACCAAGGUACAAUGCAGCUCAGUUACGACGAAUGCGAAACGGAAGACAACAAGAACGACAACGAGAAAAUCAAGCCCAGCGAACGAACAACCCAGAACGUCCAGAAGAAGUUAUCGCCCGAAUAACACGCGAAAAUGCAAAUAAUCCCGCCAAAAUCGCCAAGAAAAUCAAAAAAACUUUAGCCCUCGUCAUGAAAGGGCUUGGAAAACACGAACCUUCACUUCUGUCUCAGAAGCUCCCAAUGCAUCCUGAUGAGUGGAUCCCGGUCUUCAGAAGAUUCACGGAUGAACAAUGGGGCGCCCAUUUCAACCCGGAUCAUUUUGAUUCUGUUGAUGAUCCAAGAUUCGAAUCCGCCGUCAAGAACUUCUUGUUCGUUGAAAGAACCGCUGAUUUCGACAAUGACUCCAUCUUCAUGGCCGAAAAAUUCAAGCUGCCCAAUCUUCUUGGAGAGGGAAUGAUCAAGGGACGACAAAUUGCAACUCUCGCCGUCCCCGAAUGGCAAGAGCACAUUUCAGAAAUUGAGCUGCGCCAGAUUCUCAACGAAUGUGUCGCCACAGCCAUCAUCACCGCCAUCGUCAGCCGCUACGUCUGCCUCCACCCCAAAUGCCGACUCCUCCUCAAGGACGACAAAGCCAUUUUCCCCCACAUCCGCGAUUUUCAUCCCGAGCAGCUGAAGGAAAACAGCGUUGGCCGCCGAAAGAGAAAAGCCGCCUGGAAGUACCGCUCAUUAGACAACAUGGAUGACUGCCCAGCUGGCAAGAAAUUCCUCUUUGGAUUCAAGGACAAGGACUCCAACUUCUAUGAAAAAGUUUCCACUUCCGAAACGACCGUUCUCUACACUUCUCGCCACAUUAACGCUUCUCCAACCCAGUUCGAGCAUCCUAUUCCUGUUCACAACUUUCCCGCUCAUUACGAUUCUGACUCUGACUAA